AUGAACAUUAUCUCCGCGAUUGCUGCUUCAAUGGCGCUGGGCGCUGCUGACACCCAGGCUGAACAUGUUGAGCGUGCGCUUAUCGUUGGCGGCGGAGAAGUUUCGAUCGGCUCGAAGACGUACACGUCCGGACUUCGCGCUACUCCUGAGAGCAACUCCUUCUGCAGCGGGGCCCUUAUCAGCCCCAUCCACGUACUUACUGCUGCAUCAUGCACGGGCUACCGAGAGCUGGGGUUCGUAGCUGUGGGCACGCACUGCUUGAACGGCACACUGGACGGUGAGGCAAUCAAGGUCAUGGGGGCGAAGAACCACACGCUCUACAACUCCACCAGUCUUUCCUACGACUUCGCCGUUUUGAUGUUGGAGAAACCCAGCAAGUUUACGCCUGUGAAGCCCCCGAAGGCCGACCACUCGAACAUCACUCCGGGCAUGUGGUCGUCGGCUUUGGGCUGGGGUAUCUCGAGCUACCCCAACCGCACGGACGCUUACGAGCUGCAGAGUUUAUGGCAUUUUUAG